UCUUGAUGCAGAGUUGCAAAAUGUGUGAUAUGAUCAUCUAAUACUGAAGUAAAAGAUUCUCAAGGAGUGUAAAAGAACAAGCCACAGAUUCAAAAUUCUGCUUUGAUAAUGAGCACAAUGCCCCCAAAGCAAACCAAAACCCCAAAUGAAUCUGUCCAAGAGAUGGGGAAAGAAGUGACAAAAGAAGCCAUUCGUAAGUCAGUGUGGAAUUAUUUGGAGGACAAUGACUUGGUUCAGUUUCCCCGCCCAGUCCAUCAUAGGAUCCCAAACUUUGUGGGAGCUGCCACAGCUGCUGAAAAACUAACAGAACUUGAUGCAUUCAAGAGAGCUCAAACUGUUAAGAUUAACCCAGAUAAACCACAGGAAAAUGCUAGAUUUCUUACGAUGGAGGCUGACAAGACCCUUUUGGUACCAACUCCUCGGUUGCGCCAUGGACUGUUCAACAAAUUGUUGCCUCCACAAGGAUGUGGAAAAGAGAUUCUACGUUACUGCUCCACCUCACAGGGUUUGAAGGAAUACAGUGUUCCUAUUGGAUUAGAGGCCAAGGUCAAGGUUGAUAUGGUUGUUAUUGGAUCUGUAGCUGUUUCCAAAGAAGGAUACAGAAUUGGUAAAGGUGAGGGCUUUGCUGACUUGGAGUAUGCCAUGAUGUGUGCAAUGGGAGCUGUAUCUCCUGAUACCAUCAUUGUGACAACUGUCCAUGACACUCAGAUUGUAGACAUUCCAGAGUCACUGAUGGAGGAACAUGAUGUACUGGUUGAUUACAUCAUAACGGAAACCCAAGUCAUCAGGUGUGACCGCACCAAACCUAAACCAAAUGGCAUCAUCUGGUCUCAGCUGACUCCAGAAAAGGUUCGACAGGUACCUAUUUUAAAAUUUCUAAGGGAAAAGGAAAAGGAGGCAGGAAAGGAUGUGACCCUUAAAGAUGGGCGUGAAGAAGAUGACAUCCCAGAGAGAGAAGACAGGAGACGCAUGGACUCGGAUUAUGGACGUCCAAGGUACCGAGGAAGGGGAGGCAGAUUUAGGAGAUAUCGAGGUGGUCGAAGAGGAGGAGGACCAUACAGGGAGAGGAGAGAAACUGAGGAAGAUCGAGAGGAGUAUAUACAGAAUGGUGAUGAAGCUGGGGAGGACAAGCCACGUCAAAGAUUCAGGAGAAAUCGUCGGUACCGUAGACGUAGGGGAGGGUCCCGCCGACAGGAUGAUGGAGACAAUAAUGAAGAGUCCCAUGAUGACGACCACGAGCAAGAGCACGAAGAAGGUGAAAGUGAGGGUGAGGGUCGCCGUGGCCCACCCAGGCGACGCAAUAUGAGAAGACGCCGUCCAAGGAGAAGAGAAGAGUCUGAAAAUACUGCAGAUGAUGAGGAGCAUGAUGAUUAUCGUCCAAGGCGUCGUCGAGGUCCAAGAACUCGAGCUCCAAUCCCCACAUUGUUUGUAGGAAGUAUCCAGAGAUCAGUCAGGGUAAGUGAAUUGAAAGGAGAAAUCCGUGGAAAGGAUGUCAACCCUAUCCGUGUCAUCUGGAAUGGAGCUAAGGGCUACUCCUUACUUCAGUUCCAAGAAAUGCAGGAAAUGGAGGCAGCAUUAGAUGCCUUGCAAAACCUGGAAAUUCGUGGCCGCAAGCUAAGAGUGGAAAAAUCAAAUCGCCUCAAACAAGGAGAAGACUCCGAUGUCAUACAGGAUGGAGUUGGUGAUGAAAAACCGGAGGAUUAGUAUUUUCCUGUGCGUAAUGGAGAAAUGGUUAUUGAUACUGUUUUGUUGCUUCUUUCAGGUUGAGAACAAUUAAGGAUUGUUUUUUUUUUUUCUUUUUUUGCUGAUAGGAUUCUCUUUAUUAGAUUUAAUAAUUUCUUUAUCAGAAAAACUUUUGCAGUAUGCUAAGUGAAAAAGUAACAGCUAAACUGUUGACUUUUAUUUUAAUUUCUGCUUCAGGUUUAAGAUGGAUUUUCUUUAAGAGGAGAAACCAUAUUAGAAUUAGAACAUUAUAUUGAAUGAAAUUUUAUUACUUUGCCUCAUUUUUUGUGUUAAAUCUAAUUAAAUUCCUUUUUUUUAGGCUUUGAAAUAUUCAUUAUAAGAGAUUAUAAACAUCUAAGUAAAGCAAUAAUUCAGCAUUCUGGUUACUAUGAAAAACUCUCAUUUUCUUGCAUUACCAGUACACGUAUCUGCCAAUUUCACUUAACUUUUAAGGUUACUUGAAUCAUUCAGGUGAUCUAUUGCUAUCUGAUAACGUCCAUCAUUUUUCACUGUCUAUUAACAAUUUAGUAUUUUCAUAUUCUCUAAAAAUGCUAAACAAAUUUCAACCAAGUUUGGCAUAUAGCAUUCAUAGGUGAGGAGGAGCAAAUACUGAAAAUUGUGGUCCCCUUAUAUAUCAUACAUUUAUUAUAAAAUAUUUUUGAAGAGAGGUCAUUAUGGCAUGGGAAAUAUGCCAAGUAUACUUUGUGAAUGUAGUGUUUUAUGCUAAAGCACUGUUAGAUGAUAGUUAAACGAGUGUAAAUAGCACUGUCUUGUACCAGCCUUUCUGACUUUUUGGUGAUUACCAUGAUUACCAGACAAAAUAUUUUGUUGAUCCCAGAACCUUUUCCUUGCUUUUUUAAGUUUCACUUUUUUGUGUGUUAUCAUGUAAUUGUUUACAAUCUAUGAAUUCUUUAUAAUUACAGGGUUGUAUUAUACUCAAGUGACAGUUAAUAGCCUUGGACCUCUUGGUUUUUUUUUCCUUUCCUUUUUUUGUACUGUAGCCAAAUCCAAAAAAAAGCUUUUAAAUAACUAUGCUCACUGAAUUCAUUUCCUUUUAUGUAGAGUUGUGUUUAAUUGACGUUUUAUGAAUUGUUGUAGUGUUUGGCAUUUUCUUGUUAUCUCUUUGUUAGUUGAACAUUGACUCCCUGUAAAACGUUUUUGUAUUUAAAUGUAUUUAUUUCAUUAACCUUAAUUUUGUACACUAAGUGUUUAAAAUUCCAUUAUUGAAUUCUGUAUUCAUUCAUUGUGUAGGUGAAUGACAUAAAGCAAUAAAUAUUAAUUUAAUAUUCUAUAUGUCAAUAAAAAAAGUUGGUAGGGAUGCCUGUUAAUUUAAUAUUGAAAAAAAUCAAGAGUUUUUCUUCUUCAUAUAACUCAUGUCAUGAAAUGUUAGAGCUUUUACUGUAUUGUAUCUGUCAUAAGGAUGGCUUUAUGGAUGAUAUUUAUUUCAGUUGUCACAAUCAGAUAGAUAUCCAUAUAUUGAAAAUUAAAAAAAAUUGAAAAAUGGA